AUGGUAAAAGUCUUUAUUUCUCCUAAUGAUGUACAGGAUAUAAACCUAUUGUCCGAAACACGGCUAGAACAGCGAUCAAGAACGCCGCAAAAGUCUUUUCUAAAGAGCAGUUUCGCCAUUCGAGAGCGUUGGUGGAAGGUACUUUACUCAAAGCUGUACAGGACGCUCUGGGAGGUGUGUGCUGUCGUAAAGAUUGCUCCAAGUAUGUGUGCCGAAAGGGCUGCAAGAAAUACAGUAACUGUACUACAGCAGAUAAAGGAAUAUUCGUUGAUGCCAGGUACGAUUCCGAAUAGCAUUUGAUAUCGCAAAUUUACAUAUAUAUGAUAUGAUCAAAUGCACUUUACAUCAAGUUUACGCUUACCUAAUUACAUAUUUAGCCUAAACCACUUUAUCUCUACAACAAUUAUGAUAUUACUUUCUUAACUGUGUUUAUCCUAACCGACCCUGUCAACUUUCCCUGUGGGAGGAAACCAGAGCACUCGGAGAAAACCCACGACUUUCGGCAGAGCGUUGACUGACUCUUUUCACCUGAGUCCAUUGCGAGAAUCGAAGCUACGAACUCAGAGGCAAAAGGUGCGCCCUGACGACUACAGUAGCUACCAAAGUCCCUGGUUUCAAUUGCAUGUUUUUGAUAUCACGAUUUUGAUUUUGAAGGUAUUUUCAAUUGCAUGAUUUUGAUAUCACUAAAACACUGAAAGAUCAAUGGCUGGAUCAAGUUGUCAAGAGAGAGGACACAGUGAAAGCCGGGUAUACUCAGACAGAGCAGGUAAGUGUAAUAGACCUUUAUAAAAAGGUUGACGUCAGCAGGAUUGUGACGUAGUUUGCGGAGAAAAUCCCGAAAGCUCAGAGUUGUUUACUUGUUUUGAGUUUUUUAAAAGCGAAAAGAGGCCAGUAUUAUGGUAAGUUUAAAGUAAAUUUUUCUAUAUAUAGGCCUUCAUAUUCGUUAGAGUUUAAAUUUUAUUUGUUUUUACAUUUAUUUUACUGUCAACAUUUAGCAAAUUGUUCGCUCGGUUUGUUUACAUAUUUCUUUGCUAAAAAGUAGAAUUUUUCUUUUUUGUUUCUCGAAUUCAUCAGUCUAAUCAUCAGAAUGGCCCUAAUCAAGCUGUAAACAGCAAUACACAAGCACAGACUGCUCAGUGAUCGUGCAAAGAGGUACAUAAGUCAUAAGUGAACUUAGACAUAUAAACUAAGACUAAGUCUAUUAUUUAUCGAUAAAUAGUUGAAGUGAACAUACAUGACAAGUAGCUUUUAUCAAUCGUGUUUAACACUUUCCGUGUCUGGGUCAACAAUCUAGCUUUAAUUUUCUAUCAAGGUUUUGCCAGGUUGGGCAAUUCUCAUGACUAGACUGAUGAAUUUGAGAAACAAAAAAGAAAAAAAUAUACUUUUUAGCAACGAAAUAUGUAAACAAACCGAGCGAACAAUUUGCUAAAUGUUGACAGUAAAAUAAAUGUACAAUCUAAUAUAAAAACAAAUAAAAUUUAAACUCUAACGAAUAUGAAAACUCAUUUGGCCUAUAUAUAGAAAAAAAUACUUCAAACUUACCAUAAUACUGGCUUCUUUUCGCUUUUAAAAAACUCAAAACAAGUAAACAACUCUGAGCUUUCGGGAUUUUCUCCGCAAACUACGUCACAAGUCUGCUGACGUCAACCUUUUUAUAAAGGUCUAUUGUUCGUUGUUUUGCUUUUCUUUGCAAAGUGUGUGUGUGUGUUGAUUUGAAAACAGGGACGUCGCGAAGUCAUUAACAUUGGGGGAUGUCCUGACAUUUUGACCAACCGUUUCAGUUCAAGAGUCUGACUCCAUCAAAUUUGUGAUGGAAAAACUGAAUGCUUAAACGGAUGGGUUUUUACAAGGUGAAAAGUUCGCGCGAUUCAAAAUACUUCUUUGCGCUUUUGAGUACUACCAUAGUUGACAAUGUAAACCAAUUUGAAAAACCAACAAUUGACCAAAUAUUUUUACAAAUAUUUCCAUUUUGACCAACUUUUUGAACUUAAAAAUUAUUUGGGAGAAGGAUGUUAGGGACGUCCCUGUUUGAAAAGCUCACUCCUGUAAUGAAUAUCACCGUCUCAUUUCUCUAUUUUAGAUCGUAAGAAAAGUAACGGAGCAACAGAAAGAAGCUGUCGAAAACAAAAUUCAAGAAGUGAAUGAAAAUGCGGCGGCAAAUGUAACGGUCAUCAAUGCCCAGGCAGAGGCCAAAUCGCUUCGCUUAGUCGAAGAUGCGAGGAAUCAAGGACUUGAACUUUUAUACUCUACGCUGAACUUUGAAAACGAACAGCACAAAGCAUCGUUUAAUUAUCUUCGUACUUUGAGAAACCACAAGAAUAUUCGUCUGCAUGUAAACUUUGGCAACCUGAUCUCAGGACCUAAUACCGGAUAG